GCAGCGACAAAUACUGGCUUUCAUGGUGCUGGGCGCCCGCAGGGUGGUGGGUUUCGGGCGGGGGGCGGCGGGGAAUUCCAGGGCAGGCGGAAAUGAGCAAUGAGCAAUGAGCAAUGAGCAGUGAGCAGUGGAGGGAGGAUAACAGCAUUUUGUAUAAUAUCCUACAGGGAGGAGGGAGGAACAGAGUGGUCCGCUUCUUUAAUUAACAACUACAAAGAAUGACCGUAACCUAUCGUGGCCUUCGCUGCCGCGAGAGAGAGAGAGAGAGAGAGAGAGUACAUGUUAAUAAGGGCUUGCGGGAAUAAUCUCGAAUGUAGUCGUUGGCAGGUGAGUAGCAUUGUGUUUCCUCGAUUCUCUCAGCAUGUACACUAGGGAUCGCAUGCAUGUUGACCUACCCCUCGGCGAGAUUCAACCUUUAGACGGACAUGGUAACUGGCAGGUAGUUAAUGAGGUCUUGAGUGGAGGUCCGCUGUUUCUUUUGUCCGGGCAGUAUGUGUUUUCCUUGUAUACGACGGGAAUUGCAAGGCUUGCAAGUCCUCGUAAGUUAAUAUGCUUACGGCUCGUGGGCAGCUCGGCACGUUUCUGAGAUUCUUCUUCGCGGUGUAUCGCAGCCAAGCAGAAGCGUUGUUAUAUUGUUUGCAGGUUGCUGACCUUAGGGUGCUGUCGUACGCUGUUAUUAGAGCUCUCACCGACCGCGCUGUCCGCGAGCUCUAUGUCAUGUUCUCCGCUCCGUGUUUAGGACCUCGCGGUGCGGCAGCCGUAACUACGGCCAGAUUCGUUUAAAAAAUCUAUAUCACGCGCUUGUCACUUUGCCUAAUUGAGGAGAAGAUCUCCGUGCUUUUCUGACUCUCUCUAUGACGUCUCUGACUGCAAUGGCAGCCAGAUCCCAAACAUCGAUUCAAUUCGAUGGCUGCGUUGCCGUAGAUCUCCUUUCUCUGUUGUUGUGUGUGUGUGUGUGUGUGUGUGUGAGAGAGAGAGAGAGAGAGAGAGAGAGAGAGAGAGAGAGAGAGAGAGAGAGAGAGAGAGAGAGAGAGUUGNGUGAGAGAGAGAGAGAGAGAGAGAGAGAGAGAGAGAGAGAGAGAGAGAGAGAGAGAGAGAGAGAGAGAGUUGAUUGAGGAUGACAGUGAUCACGAGGAUGCGCUAUGAUUGUUCGGUCUCUUUCCUUGUGUGUGUGUGUGUGUGAGAGAGAGAGAGAGAGAGAGAGAGAGAGAGAGAGAGAGAGAGAGAGAGAGAGAGAGAGAGAGUUGAUUGAUGAUGACAGUGGGCACGAGGAUGAUCUCAUUGGGAUGAUUGCGGUUUCUGCCAACGGGCUUCCAAAGUCUGUGUAAAGCGGUUGUCGAGUUCGCCCCCUUUCGGCUUUCAUUCGCGUGCACUUGAUUAGUCAGGCAUAGAUUGAACUUGUACAUCCCACACGGUAGAAGCAAUCUCCGACGCAAAUGAAAGCGCAGAACAACAGCGAAAUGUGAUGUGGGGCGUUUCCUUUGUUUCUUAGGGUUAUCCAUGUCUGUGUAGGGUGGGGAUGUUGUGCAUAGUCUCCUCUCUGCUGCGUCGACGUGAUUAGCUCUGUCUGUCUAUCGGCUAUUCUGUUUCCUGCUUUCUUUGUCAAUCACCUAUUUCUUUUCGAUGCUUAGCGGCUGGCAUGUACAAACGAACAAAUGGGUCUCUUCUCUGUUGUGUGGGUAAGUGGAUCCCAUUGAAAAGAUUGAUUAAGUUUUUUCCAGAUCCCUUUUUGCGUCAAGGGUGGGGACCACACUCUGCGGUCUUGUUGUUGGUACGGAUUCACGAACAGAUUCAUGAACAGUUGUGAACCUGAUGAUGCGUCUCUCUCUCUCUCUUCCCCAGAGAUGAUGCGGGCAUAAGAUGGAAGCUACAGAAUGACUUCGUGCAGUUAGCUUUUGGACUUCUGGUGUCGGAGAAUGAGAAUGAAUUUGAACGGGAAAAGAGACUGAAGGAAGGCUCGUUUCUGAUCGCGGUAGAAGCAGAAAGAGUGCGGACAAUGUAAAGGGGAAGAAGAGCAAGGGGAAGUAUUGGAAGUAGACCCACGAGGGAAAGGUUCGAUGUAAGUGGAGAUAGAGAGAGAAGACGACUGUGGUUGACAUUACAUACGACAAUGAAGACGAGGACGAAUAAUUGCUGUCGUCACCGGAAUAGAACGGACGGUCAUUAUAGCUCUAGUGAGACUGAAUGGUAGCCAAAAUAGAGUUACUGGGCGUUCUAUUCGGGUGAAGACGGUAGUAACGAGAGGGGAAAGGGGGCAAUGGCAAUGAAAGAGAUGGAGAUAGUGAUGUUGUCCACCUCGGUUGUGUACACGAGGGGGGUGAUGUUGUGCGGUGUGGAGGAGAAGAGGAGAAAGAGUUUCACACUUGCAGAAACUGAUGGAGGAAUGAUGGUGGUGCUGAUGAAUCCGAGAUUGACAAGCGGUAUUAUAAGUGAACGCGGUGAUGUGGACGGUGAUCGUGAGUCAGAUCAUGCGUUAGACGCGCUGAUGACGAGAUUGAUUGGAAUGCUGACUGAUUAGGGAAGGAGGACAACAUGAGCGUGGUAGGCAGCAACCUCUUUACUAAUGCGGCGGUUCUUUCUGCAGGCAAUGCGUGUAGUUAGCUAACGGGGCGAGUUGAUUAGUGAUGAUCAACAUCGAAACAUCGAUGCUUAAUGAUGUUGAAAAGACGUGGUAAUGAUGAUGUGAUGAUGAUGUGAUGAUGAUGAUCCUUCACGAAUUUGACGGGCAUGAUGUCAAGUACGGUUCUUUGCCUUCGCCUUCCCUACUGAUCUUUUCUUCCUCUUUCCUCCUCUCUAUCCUCCUGUCUGCUGAUUUAUCAAGGCGAUUAUUGAUACUGUUGCAACUUAUCGCUGUUGUGGAGUUCAAGUGGCCAGUCAUUCGAUACCAGCGUUCACGAUCGCGGCGAGUGGUGAUAGUUUGUACCACAUUUCGAUUGGCGACUGAUUUUCAGUGGAGGUGGUGCUCGUAAAAGAUGGUCGAUCAAUGACUGGCCUUACUCUUUAAUGUUAUUGUGGCAUUUGUUUGGUUAUAACCGCUUACCAUCUAUCUUCUGUUGUGUGAUGCCGUGGUCCGUGUAUACCGCGUAACACCCCGUCGUCUUUGUGCUCUCACUUAUUUGCAACACGAGUUCUGUCGUGGGAAGUAAGAAUUUGAUCAUUACGGUAUCCCGUUAAUUAACCUUGUGAUUGGUUCUCUUUUGGUGUCUUCCACGAUCUCCGAACUGCGUCGGGCCCUAUAAAAUUCGAGCCUCACAACAUGCGGGCCGUAUAGAAUUCGAGCCUCACAAUUCGCGUAUCUCCAGACUCCGACGGGCCCUAUUUUGGUAGCUGGAGACUGCUAUCCCCGAGACCCUAUUCGACGCCGGUACCGGUUAUUUAUGGGAAGAAGGGCAUUAGGGCCUUGAUUUUCGAAUCCGAAACGUCGUGGACGCAGGCCCUUUGGUCGAGAAAUUGAAACGGUGCCGGGCGCACCUGUUCCCUGACGGUCGCACCGUUGCCUCUCGGUUUGUCAACCUCUCUCUUCUUCUUCCCUCUAUUUUCAGUGCACCCGGCCGUGAUCUUGACCAGAUGCAUGCGCCAGUUUCACAACACAGCAGCACAAGGUGACACACACACACACACACAGACACAGAGGCCCUUUACACGUGACGUGUGUGUGUGGUUGUGUGUGUGUGUGUGUGAGAGAGAGAGACAGAGAGAGAGGUGCUUUACACGCGCACGUAUGUGUGUGGGUUUUGGUGUGUAUGUGUGUGUCUGUGUGUGUGAGAGACGCUUUACACUCGCUCGUGUGUGUGUGUGUGAGAGAGAGACCGCACACACACGCACACGCACACACGCACACACGCACACACGCACACACCACUCUGCUCCUUACUUCGUAGUUGGCGAUCGUGGAGGGUGCGCUGGACGGAUAAGCCUGAAGAAC